CGCUCGGUUUCGCCGUGAUUUCAUACCGAAGUCAUACUUCACAUUCCAGUUUUACUGUCAAAUCGGGAGAAAUAUUUCUUCAAAAACAUCACCGUGGUUUGCAUUUGUAAAUGCGCUCACGAGAUAAAGCCUGAAAUCCCUUUUUGCCCACUGUAGAGCAGAGGUUUGCGUUUAAGUCCUGGGUGUGAGGGCUCACGUAGGGGCCCAGGUGGAGCCGCCACCAUUGCAGCCAACGAGUGGAGCGCCAGUGAGAGCCCGGAGGAGGGGCAGGAGGAUGGAGUGGAUGGGAUGGACAAGGCCGGAAUGGAAGGCGAUGCAGAGGGCAUCUGGAGCCCUGACAUCGAACAGAGUUUCCAGGAGGCUCUGGCCAUUUAUCCCCCCUGUGGCCGCAGAAAGAUCAUCCUUUCAGACGAAGGCAAGAUGUAUGGUCGUAAUGAGCUGAUAGCAAGAUACAUAAAAUUGCGGACUGGAAAAAACCGCACACGAAAACAGGUGUCUAGCCAUCUGCAGGUUCUUGCACGGAGAAAGUCUCGCGAGAUUCAGUCUAAGCUGAAGGCCAUGAACUUGGAUCAGGCCUCCAAAGACAAAGCCCUGCAGAACAUGGCCGCUCUUUCCUCCGCUCAGAUCGUUUCUGCCAGUGUGAUGAAGAGUCAGCUGCCUCCUCUUCCUCAGCACCAUUAUCCUCCUCCAGCCCGGUUUUGGCCCGGCCCCAUCCCAGGACAGCCUGGACCUUCUCAGGACAUCAAACCCUUUGCACCGAGUCCAUACUCCACCCUUCAGCCUCCACUGCCUCCACCCAUAUCAAGUUAUGAGCAGUUAACCACUCCGCACCCCACGAGCGCCACUGCCAUGCCUGUGUGGCAGGACCGGACCAUUGCCUCCUCUAAACUGCGCAUGCUGGAGUACUCGGCCUUCAUGGAGGUCCAGAGAGACCCUGACACUUACAGCAAGCACCUGUUUGUCCACAUCGCCCAGACUAACCCCUCAUACACAGACCCUCUCCUGGAGGCCGUGGACAUCCGUCAGAUCUACGACAAGUUUCCAGAGAGGAAGGGAGGGCUGAAGGAGCUGUAUGAGAAAGGCCCUCAGAACGCCUUCUUUCUGGUCAAAUUCUGGGCUGAUCUGAACAGCAGUAAUGUUCAGGAUGGCGCAGGCUCGUUCUAUGGGGUCAGCAGUCAGUACAGCAGCGCUGAAAACAUGAGCAUCACUGUCUCCACUAAAGUCUGUUCUUUUGGGAAACAGGUGGUAGAGAAAGUCGAGACGGAGUAUGCGCGUGUUGAGGGCGGGAGGUACGUUUACCGGAUCCAUCGGUCACCCAUGUGUGAAUACAUGAUCAACUUCAUCCAUAAACUCAAACACCUGCCAGAGAAAUACAUGAUGAACAGCGUCCUGGAGAACUUCACUAUACUGCAGGUUGUCACAAACAGAGACACACAAGAGACUUUGCUUUGCAUUGCGUUCGUGUUUGAGGUGUCCACAAGCGACCACGGAGCACAGUAUCACGUUUACAGACUCGUCAAGGACUGAACAACCAGCUGUGCCCAAACACCUCCAGACGCCGUUCAUCCAAUGCGUACCAACAAAGUGAGGAGAAGAAAAUUAGACAAACCUGAAGCUCAUGAACACAAUCAUGGACAAAACACAAACCGGGAUCCUCUGCACUAGGUUGUGCUGUAUAUGUAGACGUGUUCCUUAAAAGCAACGGAAAUGUACUUUCAGGGAUAAUUCUGUUUCUUACUGUUUUGUGGAGGAGAGGUCUUGAAAGUCUGUGGUGGGUGAACUCUGUCACGUUUAUGGUACUAGACUCUGAAGGCACGAAGGUCUUUUUAAAAGCCAUUGUAAGCGAAUAGGAAAGGAAUUCUGGUCGAUACGAGUCUUUCUCUAAUCAGGAACGUUGCGAUAGCGUGUUUGUCUUUCAUUUAGACGCAGCAGCUUGCUACCUCUGACCUUUGACAGAUCGUGGGCUCAGAUUGUGCUCAGAACGAUGCGCAAGUCUUGAAAAUAAAAGCGGUUUUGUGUAGGAAAGAGACCCUGAAUGUUUGUUGUGAUGGGAAGCGCAAGUUGCAAGAAGUCCAGGGUUCAUGUUCCAUGAAUGUCACACACUUUUGCAAGUUUUACUCUCGAUUUGGCUUGAUUUUUGUUGUUUUGGAAAGUUUGCAAAUGUGUGAGCUAUGUCUACCUCCUGGUGUUACGUGGAUAUGUAUGGAAGCCUGUAUUCGCCACGGAAUAAAAAACUUAAUUGCGAGUUUUUAUCUCACGACUUCUAGCAAAUAUUCUGGUGAUUCUGUGUUCACAUCUCACAAUUUGGACUUUGUUUCUUGUAAUUCUGAGAGAGAAAAAUCUGAUUUUU